AUGUCCUCCGCUGAGCCUGGUUUUGGUUCGCUUGGCCUCGUCCUCCUCGCCCUCACCACACGCCGCAUCGUCACAAUUCUUUUCUACAGCAUCGACCUCCUUCGUGUCAACUUGCGUCUGAUCUCGCUUUCGUUUAGAUCUUCUCUCCUUGCAGCUAAGCUCCUUUUCUAUUCCCCCAUCGAGUCGUGCCAUAUCGUUUUGGCCUCCACGCAUAACAUCAUCGUCGCGUGUCAGACGACGCUCGAGGCCUUGUUCUGUAUCUUUUCCUACAUCACUUUUCUCUUCCUCGUCUUGCCUUGCGUUGUCAUCGUCGUCCUCCUGGAAAGAUGCGAGACCGUCUAUCUGUGUCUUCGUUCCUCCCGCUUCGGAGCCGCGGUUCGCGAGUAUCUGGGUCUGUCACCUCGCGACCGACCAUCUCUGGACCAGUCGGGCCUGUCCAGCGCAGCAACGGACCGGAUGUUGAACGUGCCAAAGAAAUCACCGUCGUCUCCAGCAUCAACGAGAACGAGCAAGCUUGCCCAGCCGACUGCGCGCCGCGAGCCGUGCAAUUGCGUCCAGAGGUUCAUCAGGAACCUCACGGUCUGUCUACUGAUACUAAUCGAGGCAGCCGCGACCGCAACGUUACCCAGGCAGACAAAGGAGACGGAACCCAAGUACAAGACGUUUCGGACCUCAUGGGGACCUCAGAAGCCCAUUCACACUCUCGCCAACCAGUCGCAAAGAGUGACCCGAGUUACAAACUUCAUCUCAACCGUCAAAGACGCGGUUCUGUCAAAGAUCGUCGAGCAUUGGGAGAGAUUGCCCACCCCAAUACUGGCCUUGCGAGCUUUCCGCCUCCAGAUGAAAUCGUUCUUGAGCGACAAGACACACACAGAAACCAGGAGAACAAAAUCGUACCACGAUCAUCGUCCGGUCUCCCACUAUCUACCCGAGGAGCACGACGUCUCUCUGCCAGCUUCUCCGGAGGAGGACCUCUCUCAAGCAACCCAACAGUCGCCAGCUCCAGCAUCGCCGCCAUCACGGGAGCCGCAGCACCUUCAGCUGGUCCACACCAAAGAGUACACACAUCCAUUCACGGGGGAGAUAUGGGAUACAAUGGUAUACGUACCGUCGGGAGCAGCCACGUCUUUGGAAGCUUUACGCAACAGGCCGAGUGCUCUCAGCAACAACCCCAACACCGCCCCCAAUCACCCAGACGAGAACUUCACCGGCAGCGAGCGCAAGGUGUCCCAACCAACGGUGUUGUAUCGCAAUACCAGCAGCUCUUCGACCUUUGCGUCCAGCACGUCAACCAGAACCGCGACGCCGACAACUCCCGACGUCAAUCCGCUCAUCAUCACCACAGCCCAGCCAUCAGCGUACUGGACGGGCCGUUUCCUAUCUUUACAAGAUCGCUUUCAAGGCGAAUCGCUGCAGGACAAGACUCUGUCGACCUUCGUUACCACGCACGCAUCCAAGGCCACUGUUCUAGCUCAGCAGCGAGAAGUCUAUCAGGGCCGCGGCAAUCUACCCUUGAGCACGACCACUGCCCUCGACCGUUAUGGUGCCGCCUCGACCCAGGAAGCUGGGCAUCUCUCUGAAGAGGACAACCGGUGUCUGCGCAUCUUUCUCCACCUUGACGCUCUUUGUGGCACCCCCGAAGCUCAAAAGAGCCUGUAUGCCUGGCAAGAGGCAUACGCGCGCAGGGCGAGACGCGAUGUGCUCUUGCCGCAAGGCACAAGCAUCGAGAAAGGAUUCGUGGCUCGUCUCUUUAGUGGGAGUAGCAGACAGAGUUUGGGUGCCUCUCGAUCAACCAAGGGGUCGACGAAAGGGAAAUGA